AUGCAAUUAAGUCUUCGGGGACUGCGGGAGCCUAGAAGAAUUACAGGGGCGUGGGCUAAGUAAGGUCCGGGCCCCGAACAAUUUCAGACUUGAUUUAUAAACAGAUAAAAUACUAAGCUUUCUUCCAAUAGCACCGUACAGGAAAAAAAAGAAAGAAAGAAUCAGAGGCGCAAAAGAAUAAAAUAAGACUGGGAAUUUCAAUAGGCCUUGAAAUUUGCAAUCUAUCAACAAAAUAAUUCGGAUCGACCCAAAUCUCCCCCAGUCCUUUCAUUCCUUUUCUUUCUCACUCAUCAUGGAGCUCUCUUCCCUCCAUUCCCUUUCACCGCUUCCUCUCUGUUACCCAAAGCCCAGUAGUUCUUCUACCUUGUCUUUCUUGCCGUUUUCUGAUCGGACAAGAGCUUAUUUUGGCUACUCUGUGCGUAAACGGGCAACUUUGAGAAAUUCAUGUAACUCUGCUCAAAAAAACUUUUUGCAUAUUUCAAGGGCGCAUGAUCACGAACCUCGGUGUUAUUUUAGCCCAAAUGAGGGUUUAAAUAGAUAUUGCAUUAGUAAAUUAUAUAACCUGAACAAAUUGUCCAGAUAUGUUGUAGCGAAAUCUGAACUUGCUGGGGCUGGGACACCUGAUGCUUCCUAUUCUUUAUCAGAAGUUAAACUAUCUUCGAAAGUUAGAGGAGUAUGCUUUUAUGCUGUCACGGCAAUUGCAGCUAUUUCACUUAUUGGGUUUAUGAUAGUGGCACAUCCCUUUGUGCUCUUGUUUGAUCGCUACAGAAGAAAAGCUCAGCAUUUUGUUGCCAAACUUUGGGCUGCAGCAACUGUUGCUCCGUUCUUUAAAAUUGAGUAUGAAGGAUUGGAGAAUUUGCCUUCACAUGAUGCUCCUGCCGUAUAUGUUUCCAACCACCAGAGUUUUCUAGAUAUCUAUACACUUCUAACUCUUGGAAGAAGCUUCAAGUUCAUCAGCAAGACUGCCAUAUUUCUUUUUCCCAUUAUUGGGUGGGCCAUGUCUAUGAUGGGGACUAUUCCAUUAAAGCGCAUGGACAGCAGAAGCCAGUUGGAGUGUCUUAAGAGAUGUAUGGAUCUCAUCGGGAAUGGUGCCUCUGUUUUUUUCUUUCCAGAAGGCACACGGAGUAAGGAUGGGAAGUUAGGUGAUUUCAAGAAAGGUGCAUUCAGUGUUGCAGCAAAAACUAGGGUGCCUGUCGUUCCUAUAACCUUAAUUGGCACAGGCGGAAUCAUGCCUACAGGAAUGGAGGGUGUCGUAAAUUCAGGAUCUGUGAAAGUUAUUAUUCAUAAACCGAUCAAAGAAACUGAUCCUGAAAUAUUACGCCAAAUAGCUAGAAACACGAUUUUAGAUACACUUAAGCUUCGAGGCUGAGAAAGUGGCCACUGUGACAUCUUUUGGUUUUAUGGUUCAUACUUAAUCCUUUAUUGCUGAUUUGAGGAACGUGGUAGGAAGGUUUUAUAAUUCCAAAUUAGCACCGUUUUAGUAAUAUGUGAUCGGUUACUGGCUUUAGUUGCUUCCAUUUCACACGUAACAGACUUGGAGGGAUCCCGUGUUUGUGGCAGAUGAUUUUAUGCGGUCGCAACGCUAACAGUUUAACAAUGGAGUUGGCCAAACUACAGCUUGAAGUUGGCAUCAAAAUGUUUCUGUUCAUAUCAUGUAUUGCAUUUCCAGAUAUUGUAUGGGAAAGUCCAACACAAAAUUUUGCUGUCCCUUGAUAAAACUUGGUUAAGAUUAUGUAUUAGUUUCUCAUACGAUACUUGCAAUUGGAGGCUAUAAAUUUACAA